GCUGCUGCUCGUUGCUCCACGCCCACCGCCGCGCGCUGCUGCUGCUGGGCGGACUGGGGCAGAUCUCCGCGCGACCAGUUCCGUGUUUCCUGCUCCUCUCAUCGGACCAGACUGAACCGGAGGACCCGCCAUGAAGGAGCCUCCUGCACGGCCCAGGCAUCCAUAACUCCGGGGGUUCAGAGAGGAGAAAGUGUGCCGAGGUAACUUUAGGUUAAAAGUUCAUCAAACAAGUGAUCAACAACAGCAGCAUCACAACGAUGGAUGAAGAGACGAGGAAAAUAAGGACGACUACCCAGAAGUCUCUUGCCCCAACUUCGUCAGCUGACCUUUGACCACUCGUGGAUUAAAAAUGUCCCUUUGGCUCGGACAGGGAGGGAAGCGAGACAUCACACUGUCCGGGAACUCUGGGAAUAUAGUUUGAAACCGGAUUGCAAAACGGCGUCUUUCUCCGUAUUUCAAUGGGACUCACAUGGUUGGUGAAGAUGGAAUAAGAUCUGGGUGUUUUUUUUUUUUUUAAGCAAAACUGAUUCAUAAUUAGAAAUUGAGUCAAGCAUGGAGCAGGAUUUCACACAAUAGGAUCUAUCAUAGAUGUUGGAUGGUGAUCAUCUGUAUGCACUAGCCUGGACUAACAUUAGCCAGCCUGGAUUCAAACCCUUUACAUCUGAAACAAGCCUGUAAUAUCUUCCAUUUCUGCUCAAAACUACAAACAUGGCUGCUACAGGAAGGAAGCACUUGGUGAAAGACUUCAACCAUUUCAUGACUUGUUACAUGUGUCGAGGUUACCUGAUCAAACCCACCACGGUCACCGAGUGCCUGCACACCUUCUGUAAGAGCUGCAUCGUGCAGCACUUUGAGGACAGUAACGACUGUCCUAGAUGUGGCAUUCAGGUUCAUGAGACCAACCCACUGGAGAUGCUCAGGUUGGACAACACCCUGGAGGAAAUCAUUUUCAAGCUGGUACCUGGACUCAGAGAAAGAGAGGAACAGCAGGAGCUGGAGUUCUGGAAGAAGAACCAGCCCAGAGAGAACGGCCAAGAAAGGCGUCAGAGGCUCGGACUUCCUGACGUUGUGGGUGAUUAUGGAGGCCGUGAUGAUGAUGACGAUGAGGAAGAUUACCACAGAAAUGAUCCUCAGAUCGCCAUCUGUCUGGACUGCCUGCGAAACACGGGACAGUCUGAGGCGACUGUCACGGAUCUGAUGAAGAGAUUCAUCCGCUGCUCCAGUAGAAUCACAGUGGGAACCAUUAAGAAGUUUCUCAGUCUGAAGCUCCAGCUGCCCAGCUCCUACGAG